ACGUGGGCAGUUCCAACCGACAGCAGACAGACAGCAGACGGAUUGACAACACUGCUAAAAGACCGCGAGAAUCGUCAACUUAACGCUGGAAGGCAAGCCGACGCGGAGGCAACAACAAACUUCAGCAAGCAGCACCAGCACCAGCAGAAGCAGCACAAGCAGCAGCAGUAGCGACCACAGCGGCAGCGUUAGCGGUACAAAUGGGGCGCUCGAAAGGAGUAGCACACCGGUCGGGGCCGAUGUCGUCCCUGUUGGUGGUGCUGUCUGCUGCUGCUGCCGUGGCCGCUGCGGCGGCUUCCCGGGGUCCUGACAUGAUGCCCCGUGCGGCGGAAGGCGCAAAGGCCGAGAUGACCGAGGUGUUCAAGGCAGUGGUGACGAACGGAGUCGAAGGGUUCCAACCACCUUUGGUGGACGGCGGUAUCCUCGAGAGCGAAGGCAAGAGCGACGGCAGAGGCAUCCAAGAGCUGUGGCGCGUGGUGACGGGGGGCACACCCGGAGACUUCAACCUGUACAUCUUCGCCAUGAGCUGGAAGGCGGAAUGGUGCUACCACCAGAACUUCCCGGGCUGCAAGAAGCCGAGAAGUUUCUGGGAAAAGAACCUGACGAUCCACGGGCUUUGGCCUGACUACGGAGACGGAACGUAUCCUACGACGUGCUCUUCGGAGCCGUACGACCACGACCGGGUAGUUAACGCCAUCGGACUCGAUGUCCUCGAAACGAUGUGGCCAAACAUUCAGGUGCCUGAGGAGUUCGCUGGCAAGAAGUACGACUCUUUCUGGGAGCACGAGUGGACCAAGCACGGGACUUGCACCGGGUUGAGCAUGGAGGAGUACUUUUCCACGGCUAUUUCGCUCCUACAGCGGCGGUUCUUGACCCCUCCGCAGCUGGCGGAGAACGUAGGGGGACAGACGACCAGGGUUGAUCUGGAGGAUGCCUACGGUGGCGAAGGAAUGGCGGUCUUGGACUGCCGGGGCAAGGUGCACUUGAACCAGGUGUACCUGUGCCUCGAACCGGACCCGGAGACCCACCUGCCUGGAGAACAGGUGGCGUGCCCCCCCGCCGUCGUAGCCCACGACGACACAUGCGGCCAGGACAGCCUCGAUGUGGCCGCUUUCGAGUAGAGACAAAAACGUGUUCAUUCCCGACGAUGAAGGGUUGGAGAAGGUUAUCGGAUGGCUGCACGGUUAUCGUGAACCCGUGACGGUUGUCGGCGACCCGUGUGUUGAGGCAUGAUCGAUGUGCGCUUGUUGUAGAAGUCUCCUUGUGGUGGUGGUGCCUAUUACCCCAGGCCGUAGGUUAAGACUAUAAUAGUUUGCAGGGGAGAGGGAGGUUGUGUUGACGUCACCAGGUCACGCCAUCCCGCGAGGGUUUCCCUGCAGUACCAGCAGCACGCACCAAGAAAGGCUGGCAAGCACGUGCCGGCGUUGUGGCGAUCCCGGUACACGGGUAGGGUUUUGUACAGAGGGGCGCUCGAAAUGGACCUUGUGCACAGGAGUUUCGAUAGACCCAAACGUUGUAAAAAGCAGUCAUGGUCAGACAGUGUACAUUGGGUAUGUAUUUAGAUGUAUCGGGUAAACUCGAGGCUUGCCCCUCGCUCUUCGAUUUUUUUGCGAUGAAGUCACGAGCAUCCGCGGAGAGAAUUCGUGCACCAUCGUUGAUGUGGAUGGGGAGAAGAGGAUGAGGGAAAUUGGAUGUGAGGCCCUUAUCGCCAGCGUGAUGUGCGCCGAGUUAGUUAGGUCCUAGGUGGAGUGUGGCGUGCGGUAGUUCGGUGACAUGUGUUGCACUGGAAGGACACCCCAGUAGCGCGCAUAGUGUGGCGACAUGCGAACUAAAUGAGACACGAAGUACGACGUGCUUCGAAUUCCAAAUAUACGGCCGAGUGCACUACCGAGGUGCGCCUCCUUU